GCCGGAAUCAGAAGAUCUUUUCCAUUGGGCGGCAGUGCGAGUCUGCAGUGACUGACUCUCUCUCUCUCUCUCUCUCUCUCUCUCUCUCUCUCUGUGUCGUGUGUGUCUCUCUCUCUCUCAUUCUGCUGUAGGGGAGGAUGGACGCAGCAGCAUCCAGAGAUCCGCGCCUGUCAUCAGCUGAAUUCGGCGGUGUGCUGCUGUGUGUCUGAGCGCCGGACGGUGAGCCGGAGCCGGUGUGGAUGUGACGCGCACUGCGGGCUGAAGGUGCGGGAGAUGUUCCGCGAUCCGCCGGUUAUCAGCAGCAGCAGCAGCAGCAGUGCGAUGAUGGAGAUACUGGACCUGCUCAAUAACACACAUGUGCGGUGAAGAUGAUGACGAGAAAAUACACGUUUAACUGAUGCUUCAUCUUCAUCUUCAAUUUCUCCUCCUCUUCAUCAUCAUCAUUUGAUCUCACUUUCAGUCUGAUGUUCACCUGCGCGCCACGAAGAGGAUUAAUCUCAUGACAAAUGCGGCUGAUGUGGAUUUUUCUUCCUGAUUUCUUCAGAAUUCUUUCAUCCUUCAUUCGUUUGGUAGAGCAGAAGGCUGGUUCCUCAGAUCUGAUGGUUUCAUUCGCUCUUUGCUGAUAUCUGGAUCCAUCACUUUGGGAGAUUCACACAGUGAAACAUGAGAUCACGGGUUCCUCUGCAGAUCCUGCUGUAUGCGACAGUCAUCAGAAGCCUGAAAGUGGUGUCCAAGCGCGGCUCAGUGGACGGUUGUACGGAUUGGUCUGUGGACUACCUGAAAUACAAAGUUCUGCUCGGGGAGCCUGUGAGGAUUAAAUGCGCUUUAUUUUAUGGAUACAUCCGUGCGAACUACACACACGCUCAGAGCGCCGGACUCAGUCUGAUGUGGUACAAAAGCACCGGCCACGGAGACUUCGAGGAGCCCAUUUCUUUCGACGGGAGCCGGAUGAGUAAAGAGGAGGACUCCAUCUGGUUCAGACCGGCCGAGUUACAGGACGCCGGACAUUACUCGUGCGUGUUGAGGAACUCCACGUACUGUAUGAAAGUGUCGAUGUCGCUCACGGUGGCCGAGAACAACACGGGUCUCUGCUACAACUCCAAGAUGAGGUACUUCGAGAAGGCCGAGCUGAGUAAGAGCAAAGACAUCCUCUGUCCCGACAUAGACGACUACAUUCAGACCGGAAGAGAGCCAGAGAUCACAUGGUACAAGGAAUGCCGGCCGAAACAGUGGAGACAGAGCAUCGUCAGGAAGGCGGAUGUGCUCUCCAUCAAAGACGUGCGGGAAGACGACAUCGGAAAUUACACCUGCGAAUUACAGUUUGGGAGUUUCGUGGUGAGGAGGACCACCGAGCUGUCCGUCACAGCACCGCUGACUGACAAGCCUCCCAAGAUCCUCUAUCCGUCUGAAAAUAAGAUGAGCGUCAUGGAGUUGCAGCUGGGCAGCCCGGUGAACCUGACCUGCCGAGCGUUCUUCGGCUACAGCGGGGACGUGAGUCCUCUCAUCUACUGGAUGAAGGGAGAGAAGUUCAUUGAGGAUCUAGACGAAAGCCGAAUCAGAGAAAGUGAAAUUAAAACUAUUCGGGAGCAUUUGGGAGAGCAGGAGGUUUCCAUCUCGCUGACCAUAGACGCCGUGGAGGAGAGUGACCUGGGAAACUACUCUUGUUAUGUGGAAAACGGCCACGGCAGACGACAAGCCAACAUCCAGCUCAGCAAGAGGGCAGAACUCAUGUAUACGGUGGAGCUGGCUGGAGGUUUGGGAGCCAUUCUGCUGAUGUUGAUAUUUUUGGUGUCCCUGUAUAAGUGUUACAGAAUUGAACUCAUGCUCUUCUACAGAAAUCACUUUGGCAGUGAGGAUGUGGAUGGAGAAAAUAAAGACUACGAUGCAUAUGUGUCCUACACUAAAGUGGAUCCAGACCAGUGGAGUCAGGAAACCAGAGAAGAGGAACGUUUUGCUUUGGAGAUUCUGCCAGAUGUUCUGGAAAAGCAUUACGGGUAUAAACUCUUCAUUCCUGACAGGGAUUUGAUCCCCACUGGAAGUUUCAGCAAUGAUCAUUUCCAGGAUGACACAAGACUCCUUAGAGCCUACAUCGAGGAUGUGGCUCGCUGCGUCGACCAGAGCAAGCGUCUCAUCAUCGUCAUGACGCCCAACUACGUGGUGAGACGCGGCUGGAGCAUCUUUGAGCUGGAGACGCGGCUGCGCAACAUGUUGGUCACCGGCGAGAUCAAAGUCAUUCUCAUCGAAUGCGCUGAACUGCGGGGAAUUAUGAACUACCAGGAAGUGGAGGCUCUCAAACACACCAUCAAACUGCUGACGGUCAUCAAGUGGCCGGGACCCAAGAGCAGCAAGCUCAACUCCAAGUUCUGGAAGCAGCUGCAAUACGAAAUGCCCUUUAAGCGGCCCGAGCCCAAGAUGUCGCACGAGCAGGUGCUGGACGUCAGUGAGCAGGGGCCGUUCGGAGAGCUGCAGACCGUCUCUGCCAUCUCCAUGGCCACAGCAACUUCUACCGCCAUGGCCACGGCGCAUCCUGAGCUGCGCUCGACGUUCCACAACACGUACCACACGCAGCUGCGGCAGAAGCACUACUACAGGAGCUACGAGUAUGACAUUCCCUCGUCCGGGACCCUCCCGCCGCUGUCCACGCUGGGCAACCAACACACCUACUGCAACAUCCCCAUGACUCUGCUGAACGGCCAGAGAGCACAGGGGAAUCCGGCCCGCGAGCAGCAGCAGGCCCUGGAGGAGCAGCACGUCAACAACGCCAUGCUGCCGCUGCUGCCCCGGGAGACCAGCAUUUCCAGCGUGAUCUGGUGACAGCGUCGGGAAGGGACGUUUCUCUGAAUGGCACUUAUUAAGACCCUUAAAAAACUGCUGCUGUUGACUUUGCACCAUGACUCACACGCAGGGGUUGGAAACUGAAGGGAUGAGGGGGGUUCAUUCUCUCACAGACAGCUCGUUCAUACUCUCUCAAGGAAUACAGGGUCUUGUACAUAUGUUUGAGGUUUCUUUGUAGCAUUGGGAUUUUUUUCAGAUUUGAUCUUUUGUUUGAUACUUUUUUUUUUUCUCUCCAAAUGUCUGAGUUGUCCAUUCCCCUUAUAAAAUGACUGAGCAGAGACACAUGAGACAGAGUAAAGGCUGACCUGUUGUUUUUCUCAUGACUUGUCGUUUUCAAGUACAAUAUUGUUUUCCGAGUCGUUAUAGAAUUUGUGGAAUUGUGAUGUUCUUCUUUUGAGAUUUUUUUUUUUUUUGUUUGUUUUUUUUUUUUUUGUGGUCGGUCAAUGAGAUGUAUCUACUUUGAAGAAAAACACCAUUAUGCAAACGCUCCUGAGGCCUGAAAGCUCUUCUUCCUAAAUGAACGACCGAGCAGACGACGUUCAAGAGGAAAAACUAGAUGUCGUUAUGAUGCUCUGGUGUCUCUGCUGCUCUCUGUUGCUCUAAGCUAUUGAGACUUGCUGUUAGAAAAGAAAAACAGCUUUGCUGUUCAGCUUGAUAGGGAGAACUUAAGAAAAAAAUGUAUUGUUAUUUUAAAAGAAAAAAUAUAUAUUUUUAUAACAAAAGGAUUUGCUUGUAAAGAGACACAGUAGGUCACAUUUCAUUCAUUUCAUUAAUGGAAGCACUGGAGGGACAUUUUAGCUCAUCAAUUUCAGAGAGAGAGAAAAAACUGAAAUAUUUUUAAUGUUCCUGUUAAAUCAUGGAUGAGCAAGGGAAAAACAGUUGUUGCUUUUUAUUUUCCCCACAGUACCGGCAUUCAUUUCCAAGUGUGCAUAAUAAAUAGAUCUGUAUUCAAUUUAUAGUAUAAUUAUCAAUAUAUAUAUAUAUAUAUAUAUAUAUAUAUAUAUAUAUGCUUGUGAUACAAAUCCAUGUCUCUAAAUAAUUACAUGAUUUGUUGUGUUCACUGCACAUUAAAACCUGUUAACCUCCACUGUAGUGCCUCCUGCUGCUCCACCACAAACACCAUCCACAGGUUAAGAGCGGUACGUUCUCUCACCGUUUCUGAGGUACUGCCAUGACAUCACUGCUCUCCAGCUCAUCCGUGUUUCUCGUUCUACUGUAGUGAUCGUAGAGGGGAAGGAGCAGACCUGGGCCAGUUUUUACCUCAUUUUAUACUAAGGGCCAGUCCUGUUUCAGUCACUAGGGGCAGCUUACACACCUCUACUCUCAUCGCUUAACAGCAGAAAAGCAGAGUGUCAAGUGAAUGUCUGGUGUAUUUACAGGAGGGUCAUUUUUCAGCUCUCAUUCUCUGGACAGUCCAGGUGUUUAUUCAUGAAGCUGCCCCGUCACACACAGCCAAGAUGUUCAGUUAAGCGUUAGACACCUUUUUUUUUUUUUUUUUUUUAAAUUAGCCUCACUGUUAGUCUAAUGAAGGCUUUACAAGUCUGAAGUGAAACCAAAGCUGGCAGUUACCGAUGGGUACAUAUAUAUUGCCUUCUCAGAUUCGCUGGUGGAUAUCCGGGGAAACCAAACCAGGAACUAGUGUAGUUGAGAUGGCUUAUGAGGGGGAAAAAAACAUUGUCGUACCAAUCCAUACAGAACAGCAUAACAUUAUUGCCAGAGCCCACGCCCUGUUCGCAGUGUUUAUUUGAUCAGCAGUGCCAAAAGAGUCCUUUUUUUUAAUAUUAGGAACAGAUUAUAUGCAAAAAUCUGCAACUCUCAAAGGUGGCAAGGAGAACAACAGGGUCAUGCCAGCCUUCCCAUGAAGCGUUUCAUCCCAAACAGACCCCAGAUUCCCAGUUUGUAAAUGUCAGCUUGGUUUAGAAUAAUCUGUUGGUGCUGAGGACACCAAUCUGGUUAUUUACACAUUAUUAUUUUAAUGAUCAUAUUUUUACAAGGUUUUUUUCUUGUAUUUUAUAUUAUAUUGUGUAAAUAUCAAUUGAAACGGUAAUAAAAUGAAGACAAUCUAGUCACAUUUCAUGGAGAAAAAAAAAUGUUGGCAUUUUCCAAAAGAGUGGCAAAUUGUUUCAUGAGCAUUUCUGAUACUACUGAACAAAAUAAGAAUAACAACAACAACAAUAAUAAUAAUAUAUAGCACAGAAUUUGUCUCUGGCACUUUCACCAAUCUUACACUAAAGAUUAAGGUUCUGUUUGUCUCCUGUUUUUGAAAUGUUCUUUUUUAUUCUGUAUCUGCAAUGUUAAUUGAAGAGAAACUAUCAUUAAUAAA